AUGAUGUUGAGGACUACAACUCAGCGCGGACUUCGCUCUACGGCGGCGAUCCGAACACUUUCAACAAGAUCAGCGGCGGCGGCGGCGAGAGCAACCCGCACAGGCUUCUCUGUCACCCCGACAAGGGUGACUGGCGCAACAACGUCGGCUCAGCGAUGCUUCGCGACCUCCUUCAGUCGCUCUUUCAGCAGAUCACAAAGGCGGGCGCAGGCGACAAGCAAAUAUACAGCCUCUCCUGUGACCGACGGCGAAUACCACAAGCUCUCGAAUCAUGCGCUCGACUCGUUGACCGAGACGUUCGAAACGCUCCUAGAAGAAGCAGAUGUUGACGCGCUGGAAGAGACAGCUAGAGCCAAGCAUCAAGGUGCAGUUCGAGGCUCGCCCGCUUCCGAAUGGGACAUCGAAUGCGCCGUGAGUCUUCUCUCUCUCUCUUCUUCGUUCGAUCGGCACAUCCGACAAAGAGCAACCGGUCACAUUACUGACCCCAAAACUCUCCCACGCCUCACCUUCUCAUCAAUACAGUCCGGCGUGAUGAACCUAAGAUGCGGAGUUCACGGCACCUGGGUGAUCAACAAGCAGCCUCCGAACAAGCAAAUUUGGCUUUCAAGCCCAAAAAGCGGACCGAAGCGAUUCGACUACGACGCAGAUAGCAAGACAUGGUUCUGCUUCAAGGAGGGCGAAACUUGGACGCUCCACGAGAUCUUGCAAGGCGAGCUGUCGCAGGUCUUUGAUACCGAGGUGGAAGUGCUGCUCGAGGACGAAUGA